UAUUGGAGUCGAUUGUUGACCAUGUCUCGUCGAAAACAGGCCGCACCUAGGUCUAUUAAACAAUCUGAUCAACAGUCUGAUGGCGAGGUACCACAAAACGUGACUGGAGGUGAGGUUCCGCAACUCACAAGUGAUGGUGAAGCUUUGAAUCUAACCACAGAUGGGAAGACUUCACGAUUAAUGACUGACAAUGAGAGGCCACGAUUAGUAGCUUCACAGCCAGGGACUGUGAAUGAGCCAACAUCAAUAACGAGUUUUCCACUAAUUGAUAGUAAUAUGGUGUUCCAAUUAACCAAUCAAAUGGCUCCACCAAAUGUUCAGGUCUUUAGUAACUCGCAAGUCCCUCAGGUUGUCGCACCUACUGGUGACUUUGAAAAGAGACGUGGCAAUACAAAGCGUUCAACACUAUACGGCAUGCGGGUAUGGAAUGAAUGGCGCAGGGAGCACAAUAAGAGCAACCCUCACCUUCAGGCACCCGAGUUAACGUCUCGACUAACUCCAGAGGAAUUCAAUCUCUGGAGCUGUAAAUUUGUCAAAGAAGUUCAUCGGCGUGAUCGCAGUGAGUACCCGGCAGACACGUUGAGGUGUAUAUGUUUUUCCAUUUGUCGAUAUCUACGAGAUGAGUGCCUUCGAAGCGAUAUGAAUUUUAUGGAUGGCUACAAUCCGAUGUUUAAAAAUUUCCGGCGGGCCUAUGAAGAGCGAUGGCAAGAGCUAUCCACAAGAGAAAUUCCACCUAUCAACAGUUUACCUCAGUUCAAGCUUUCAAACUUUACAGAGAAGCACGAGAAUAAACUUUGGGAGAAAGUGUUUGCUCUGGAAACUGCACAGUCCUAUAGUUUUGCUGUUUAUUUUUAUCUGUGUAAGUUGUUUGAUUACGUGGCCGCUCAGGAUCAUUUGGAUUUGCAAGUCAGCCAGUUUCAGUUUGACGUAGAUGCUGAUGGCGAGUUUCUGAAGAUCAACGUCGGGAAAAUAUCUACGAGGAGACGAAAAAGAACACACCGUGGUGGGAAAGUGUACGCUGUCCCAGACAGUUCAAGAUGUGUUGUAAAGCUAAUGAAAAGAUACAUUGAGUUGAUACAGCGGAGUGGUGAAUUCUACCGCCGACCUCUGCCCAAUGGUCCCACUGGAAAUAUCCGUUUUUCCAUGAGGACCGUCGGGAUCAAUAGACUACGUGGCUACAUUCGAGAAAUGUUCAAUCUUGCUGGUAUACAACUUGACAACCAGGCCAGUGAAGAUGUACCAGCCAAUGACCAGUCCUCUGAGACCGCUGCGAUCCCUGAUAUGUCGUCAACUGGUCAGGACGACAAGUAUGAUACAAAUUGUCAAAGUCCAGUUUAUUCAGAGACUGAUGAAGAACUCGAUGACAGUGCCCCCUCAACCUCUGCUAUUAAAAUAAAACAAGAACCAGAAGAUGUAGAAGAUGAAGAUGAAGAGUACAAAUGGGUUAUUGCAGAGGAAGAUGAAAAUGACAGCGAUAAUGAACAUGACAGUAUGGAUGACAGUAGUAUGCUGAUAUCAUGUGAACAGUCUGUUGACAAAGAUGGCCGUCCAACGUGUAAAUACUGCAACAGGUCAUUCAUGAGCAUUGGAGGGCUGAAGAUCCACCUACAUCGAUGUACCGAGGACAAUGCUUCGAUCGAUAAAGAGAUUCUCUCAACCGACCCACGUGUACAGUGCUGGAAAUGCAACGCUAUGUUUUCCACAAGGAGCUCCAUGAAAAGGCAUGAGAAAAAAUGUGGGACUUUGUAUAAGCGAACACAAAUGUUACGCGUUCCUGACAUGACUAGCUGUAUGUAUUGUAAAAAAGAAAUACUGAGUCGAUCUUUAAUGAAACAUCUAUCCCGUUGUAAAAUGGUCACCGAGUCACAGUUGCAGUCACAGCAUCGUCGAGUUAUUUUACCAAAAACUGCUGAAUCAGUGCCUACAAGUAUUGAGCCUGUGUCAAAUACAGUUACUUCUAUGUCUAGCCCGCCACCAGUUACCGUGUCAACUAUGUCAUCUCCGAGUAUUGUCAUGCCCGUUUCACAGCCGCAAAUUCAAUAUGUCAUGGCACCAAUUGGUACAGGUGGAGGAAAUACCGCAGUGAACAGUACUGCACCAAUAUUCGUUCUCGCCAACAUUCCUCCAAAUAUGAUGACUGGCCAGGCUGGUUCACUCCUACCAGCUAGUAUGAUACAACCAAUGUUUGCCGGCUUACAGAACCAGACAACGCAUGCAAAUAUUGCGCCAACGCAAACAGUAUUCACAAAUGCUGCAGCACCUGUAGUGACAGCAACACCUUCAGAGAUAACUUCAGUCACAGUUACUGCAGUUUCCGCUGCAUCCACUAUGACAUCAACAGGAUCUGCUGCUGCAGGAAUUAAGCCUCUCAAAGUGCUCGCCCCACUGAUGCCUGCAAAACCAGGGAUGCCUGCACAACUGCCGAGCACUAUCACACCAGCCAGUACUUCCUAUGCAGUUAUUUCACCGCGACCAAGUCCAGUGAUACAACAAAAGUCUCCAGGAGCACAGAUCCAGGCAAAAUCCCUUGGAAUGACACAACAUACUAAGCCAGUUGUACAAGUUGUUUCAACACCCAGUCCCAUGCAAGCAGUACCUCAACAACUUUCAAUACAACCAAAGCCAACAUCCUACACUCCUCCACUGAGAACCAGACUAAGUCCAGCUGUGCAGACAAUGUCACAUGUUUCCCCAAUUCAACCCAAACCAAAUCAAGCUAUCCAGACAAUGUCCCACACCUCACAUAUUCAGCCAAAGCCAAGUCCAUCAUUUCAGCCAAUGUCCCAUGUCUCGCCCAUUCAACCCAAACCGAGUCCAUCACUGCAAACAAUGUCCCAUGUCUCACCCAUUCAACCCAAACCAAGUCAAUCACUGCAAACAAUGCCCCAUGUCUCACCCAUUCAACCUAGAAUAAGUCCUGCACUUCAGUCAGUACCCCAUAUGUCACCCAUUCAACCCAAGCCUAGUCCUGCCAUCCAGACAAUGUCCCAUCUUGCUGCCAUUCAACCCAAACGUGUGAUACAGGUAUCACCAAUACAACCCAUACAGGCAGUACAACAGUUCACUCAGCAUCAGAAUCAAGCACUACCUGUUCCUGAUAGCAAAACUUGUGCUGUUGAAUUGCCAGCUGACGAUCCCCAGACUUCAUCAUACAAACCAGAAAUCCCUGCUGAUAACAGUGACCAUCUUGAGGCACCAAUGAAAAGUGGGUCAGAUUUUGAUACUGCUAAAAUUGAUGACAGUGUAGCAAGCGGCUUGCAUAGAAUCCCUGGUAAAAUCACCAUACCUCGACUGACUCGACCCAUAGGGGGACGAACCAUGCAUCCACAUUUGCAGAAGCAAGUUAUCAAAAAGCGUAAAUUACCCAUGGUUCUUAGUAAGAGCGUUGCAGGAGAGAAAAUCCAGAGAGUGGAUGUCUCUGAACUUUUGGGUGUUCGGCAAGUGAAUAUGAAAUUUGGGGACUCUUCAGAGAGUGCUUCUGAAUUUGAUCCAGCAUCUGAAGAAAAGGAAAUGGCAUCCCCCAAAGUGGCAUCACCCACUGAAGAGGCCAUGCCACGUGAUGGGUCGCAUGAUCUUGUCCAAGAGCAGAUCGUCAAAAUAAAGCAAGAACCAUGUUCCCCUGCAGGAGAGUGUGAUGAAGAUAUGAGUGAAAUGGAGUGUUCCGAUAAAGAUGUAUUUGUUGGUGUACGCAUUAAGCAAGAAACGAGUGAAACCACAGACAGCAGGGAAUUCGAAGAAGAGAGAAACACUGUGCAUUCCUCAUCUGAAUCAACGCCAGUACUCACAUCGCUACUACUGCAGGCUGACACCUCUGAGCCUGUACCUGUGCAAAUCGAACCAUCAUCAAAUUUGAUGCAUUGCGUACCAUUAGGAUUUAAUAAUCCUCCAGAUCCUCCAAUGUCUUUGCCGCAACAUUCUGAGGCGGUUGAAUUACCUGCGAUACCAGCGAGUGGAUCAGAAGGUGAGUUGUUGAAAACCAAAGAUGGGCUUGAUGUCUCCAUUGUUACUCGGCAACCGAUUUAUCGGGCUGAUGGCUAUCUUGAAUGUGAAGAGUGUGGACGGCUGUUUAACUGUACUCGUAACUACAACCGCCAUUAUCCGUCACAUCUGCAAGACAAAAGAUUUAAAUGCGAAAUUUGCGAUAAGACAUUUCAUUUGUCAUACCAUUUAAAAGAGCAUAUGAACAAACACUUUGAUUUACGGCCAUACAAAUGUCAUCUGUGCGGUAAGGCGUACAAUCAUUCUGGAACGUUGAGUGGACAUUUGAAAGUUGCUCAUAGAAACGAAAAUAUUCCAUUACGAGAAGUUAUGAAGUGCAAAUUAUGCAGUAAAGUAUUCGCAUAUGAGGGAACGUACUACAAACACUUAGAAGAACGCCACUCUGUGCUGAUGCAGAAAACAUCUCCACCAACUCCGUCGUCAUGGCAGCGUGUGAAAACAAUACCAGUAAAGGUAUUUUCCAAAAAAUCAUCUACUAAUGUGGCGGAAACGAUGCGAAAAAGGGUAAGCAGAAAACGAAGAUCAAAGCGGCUAGCAGCCAAACAGGCGCAGGGGUUGGAAUUAAAGAUUGCAAACACUUUUUCGCUGCAGCCUUUUAUUGAAGAAGAGCGACAACGCCGGAAACAGAUGCAGAUAACUCAGCAACAACAUUCAUUGCAACAGCAACAACCAUCAGAACAGCAACAGCAACAACCAUCAGAACAGCAACAGUCAUUGGAACAGCAACAGUCAUCUGAGCAACAACAAUCUCAGAUGCAGCAACAGUCAUUGCAACAGCGACCAUCUCCAUUAAUAGAGAAACAGUCACCACAACAAAAUGAAGCUGUUCUAAAUUAUGCACAAAUAGCCGCCAAAACAUCAUCAUCUUCUCAUCAAAGCAGUGCUUUAUCAAAAUAUCGCAGCAUAUUACCUCGACCAUUAUUGGGGAAACCUGUGAUUGUAACCCUCCCUGCUACUGCCACAUCUCUACCUGUAGAACCUGGUACAUAUUCAUCUAGCGGUGAAUCAACUGGAAUUCAACAACAAUCUGCAACUACGUUAUGUAGAGAAAGUUACUAUCAAAUGUUAGAGGCUGGCAAACUACCUGCAUACCAGAAACGAGAUCAUCAAUGUAAAUAUUGUGAGAAAUCUUUUGACAAUAAACUGCAUCUUACUUUCCACAUGACUAAAGAGCAUCAAGAGAGGUCUACUGUUGCCCAGGAACAACUUCACUCAAUGCCGUCAACAUCCGUGAUCACAAUUCCAGCGAGUAUGUCAAUCGUCACAAAGUACAAGUGUAUUUUAUGCCUCCACUACUUCCUUGAUUUACCGACUCUAACGCGUCAUAUUACUGGUUAUCAUCGGUGUUCAAACCCGUACUUGUUCUUCCAGGAGGAGGUGCGGGAGGAAGCCGAUGCUACGUCCAACAGUAAGACGGUGCAUUCUGUUACUUCCUCGGAUGACAGUAUCCCCGAUUUGGUAUCGGGUGAUGAAACGAAUGCAGGCGUAGAAUCUGUCUCGGUGCACAAUGCCAGUGUGCCGGAAACUGGCACACCUGACAUUGAGACCGUUGAGAAGAAAACGACUGAGGUGAUACCUUCCAGUCAGGCUGAUGCGAGUAAAAUUAAAAAGUCAAGCUGUAUAAUGUGUUUAGUCUCAUCACAUCGUACGAUAGGCGAUGAUUACAGCUGCCAAAUAGCCAUCCAGCAGUGCCCUGCAUGUAAUGAAUCAUUUGUCUGUCGCGUUAAAAACGAGCUCCGAAUUGCUGUCAAUGCAGGGUCCAUACUUCAUCAGUGUCCAACUUGUUGGACGAAGUUUAAAUACUUUGCGAAGAACAAUAAAUGUAAAAAGUGUGAUGAGAAAGUCAACCCCAAACGAUAUGUUGUCGUUGAUGGUCUGAUCAGAGCGGAAGAUAGUGAAGAGGAGGGUGAGAGUGGACUUGAGAGCGAUGUAAUCGGUAUUGAGUCUCUGCCAUUUAUAUGCCAAUUAUGUAACUGUCAUUUUUAUCAAAAAAUCAAUACCAGUCAUGUUCUUUGCUGCAUAUGCAAUGAGGUGAACGAGCGAUCACAAUUUGUGCAACACAUGAAUGUACACAAGCAUGGGAAUAGCAACACAAAACUAAACACUGGCACGGCACAGGAGUGCAAGUUGUGUUUACGUAGCGUCAGUGAUCUGGAAACGCAUCUGAGAACGUCCCACCGUGGAAUCAAAGAUAUCAAAGACGAGAUCCAGAAACAAAACAUGGGAUAUCAUUGUAAAAAGUGCGAGAAGGUGUACGACAAUAAACAUAGUUUAAAGCGACACUACAAGUUGCAGCACUGCGGUGCCAUUCGUUGCUACAAAUGCGAUAAAUGCAGUAAAUCAUUUCAGACUCCAUCCCACCUCGUUAGCCACAUACAAAGCAUACAUCUGAAGAUUCGACAGUUUCAGUGCUCCUGGUGCCAGAAAAAGUUUACUCACUCUGGUUCAUUGAGUGCACAUAAAAGGUACCAUUGUCCAGUGUUCAAACACAAAAUAGUACUUCGUGGGAAGAAAAAACAAUAAUUCUAGAAUUAUUUCAUAUUGACCUCAAUUAAAUGAAGCAAAAACAGAUAAUAUUGGUAGAGACUUAAACUUUUGAGCGGCAAAAUCAAAUUUUUGCCACAUUUCAAUAUUUUUUUCCAAAAUUUUGAUCCAGAUCUGUAUUAUGUGUUCGUCUAGUCAAAAAUAAAUUAUUGAAAAUACA